AUGGCAAGCAAGCGUGGGGGAAGCGGUGUGACCGAGAUUGACGACCGACCGAUGAUGGGCAGACCAACGAGCCUUGGCUACUUGACGCGCCCGAGAGAGAGAGAGAGAGAUAGCGGUGGUACCGUUAAAAAGGGACGUGGCUUCACACCAUUUUCUCAAUUCGCUCGUGUCGUCCGUCGACUAUGCUACCGGCCGAAUGUCUGGAAAUGCACCAGCUUCACUUUACGAUGUGAUUUUAUCCAGACCCCACUUGAAUGGGGGCUCAACAAUCCUAAACUCUUGCCUGCUCUCCCCCCUUCCACUCCCCCACCUUCUGUCCGUCGGAGAGGUCAUACUGCCAUGGGGCGCCAAGCAAAUGGUUUCCAGCUCGUGGAGUAG